GCGGCGUAGGUGCAGGUGUGUAUAGCGGAACUAGUGGGAGUUGGAUAAAAUGGAUCAAGCUAAAGGGAAGCUGCGUCGUGUCGUAAACACCCAAAAUCGUACGCCACUGACGUCGUCGCUUGCGACGAGUGCAACUUAGGGAUUUUGUUCCGCGAUUGGUGGCAUUGCGUCACUGGCGGCAAAACUACAAUCGUUAGGUCUACCAACCUAUCAAGAAAUGUCAUCGCCGCCUCAAGAAUGUCAACAAACAAUCUUAUCAAGAGUACAACAAUAAAACACCAUUAAAUAACUGUAAAUACGAUAAUAUGGUUUCAACUAGAGGUAUUAAGUUAAAGUUUAGUGAAAACGAAAGAGUGUUAUGUUAUGAGCCUGAUCCAACCAAAGCCAAGGUGCUCUACGAUUCAAAAGUACUAGACGUAGUUGUGACGAAAGACCCCAGAGGGAGAAAAACUGUUGAAUAUUUAAUACACUUCCAAGGAUGGAAUUCCUCAUGGGAUAGAUACGUGGGUGAGGAAUACGUAUUAAAAGACACGCCAGAAAACAGACAAUUACAGAAAGAUUUGGCGGAAAAAUCACAGUUGCAACUAGGCGCUUAUUUAUACAGAAGAGACCGAAAAAAGCACAAUCGAAAAACCAGCACUGCCCCCUCUUCUGAUGACGGCAGCUCCAGUAGCCCCGCCAGAAUGGAUACCGAUGACGGACAAGACGAAACUAGCAGCUCGGAGGACGAUUCGUCCAUUGAGGACGAAAGCGUGCCGAUUGAAUUAACCGCGGAACUGCGGACUUUCCUCGAGGAGGACUAUUAUUUAAUUAACACAAAAAAUAAGUUGCUUAGGUUGCCGGCGGAACCCAACGUUUUGACUAUUUUAGAGGGGUACUGGAGGCACUACGCCACCAAUCAGAUUUGCGACCUUAACGAAAAGUCGCACUCUAGACACAGGUAUCUUUUUCAUUCACAAAGCAAGCGCAGACCUGAAGAUGUACAAAGAAAUUUAUCAGUUUGUAGUGAAGUACUGGACGGCCUUAGGAUCUAUUUUGAUUACACUGUUGGUGAUUUGUUGCUAUAUAAAACGGAGCAAGGUCAAGUUGAAACUAAACAAGCCAUGUAUACCUCAGCGCAGCACCUAUUUCAGGAUGAAUCAAGCAAUAAAAGCAAUAAUAGUUAUAUAGAUUAUAUCAUGUCUCCUAGUAGUUUCACGGACGAAGAUUAUCAAAAUGAUAAUCAGCAAGCACUGCAGAGGAAGAGGAGUUUGCGGUCGAGCAAAAAUGACACUGUGGCCAAUGGGAACUCUCAUCAGGACAGCGCUUCCAAAACAAAAACCAGUUCAAGUACGGACAGCGGUACCUCUGACAGUUGUGGUUCAAUGUCAAGGGCGCUCUCUUUCCGUCUUGUGCCCGAGCACGUCUACAGUCAGCAGCCGCCGCCCCCUUGUUUAGUGUAUGGUGCCGUUCAUUUAACCCGACUUUUCGUAAAACUACCCGAACUUUUAAACGCCUCAGGGAUAGAUGAAAAUAAGUGGAAAACGUUAUUGCAGCACUUGGAUUUAUUCAUAGAUUACUUAAAUGACCAUCGUGAGUGGUUUGGGGAAAAAUUUUAUAUCGACAAAUGAUGCAACAAUUUUAAUAAAAGGUGUAUUACCUAAAAGUAAAUAUUUGGUAACAAAUCAAUAUGACAUUAUUAGUUAUUAGUUCGACAUUAAGUAUAAUUAUAAAAAAUAUAAACUGUCGCUAAGUUCAGAUGCUGCGAAUUGGUACCUAAUUAAGUGAGUAUGUUAGUCUUUUAUUUUUGUGAUUUGUCAUAAUACUGUGUGAAAAAUGAGACUGUAAACUUUUGUAGAUAAUGAUGAGAAAAGUGAUUUUUGCAUA